GAUCGAUGUGUCGAAGUGGACAAGCUGCUUAACUAAUCAGCUUUCCCUUUCGCUUGCGCACGUACGUACGAUACGACAAUGGCGCCGCCGUCGCUACCGAUUCUCCUCGUCUUGCUCUCGCUGUCGUCGUCGCUGUCCUCCUCCUCGGCGGCGGCGGCCGGCCGCUGGACCGACGCCCACGCCACCUUCUACGGCGGCGCCGACGCCUCCGGCACCAUGGGUGGCGCGUGCGGGUACGGGAACACGUACGGGCAGGGGUACGGCACGGACACGGCGGCGCUGAGCGCGGUGAUGUUCGGGGACGGGCUGAGCUGCGGCGCCUGCUUCGAGCUGCGGUGCGGCGGCGGCGGCGGCGGCGACCGGCGGGGGUGCCUGCCGCCGGCGGCCGGCAAGUCCAUCGUGGUGACGGCCACCGACCUGUGCCCGGCCAACCACGCGCUCCCCGGCGACCGCGGCGGCUGGUGCAACCCGCCGCUCCACCACUUCGACCUCUCCCAGCCCGCCUUCCUCCGCAUCGCCCGCUUCCAGUCCGGCAUCGUCCCCGUCUCCUACCGCCGGGUGGCGUGCCGGAGGAAGGGAGGGAUGAGGUUCACCAUCAACGGGCACUCCUACUUCAACCUGGUGCUGGUGAGCAACGUGGGCGGCGCCGGCGACGUGCACGCGGUGGCGGUGAAGGCCGGCGGGGGAAGGAAGGCGCGGUGGCAGGCCAUGGCGAGGAACUGGGGCCAGAACUGGCAGAGCGGCGCGCUGCUCGACGGGCAGGCGCUGUCGUUCACGGUGACCACCGGCGACCGCCGAUCCGUCGUGUCGUACAACGUCGCGCCGGCGGGAUGGGCGUUCGGCCAGACCUUCACCGGACGCCAGUUCACCUGAGAAGAUCGAUGAGAUGACUCGUACGUAUAGUAGCGCGCCUAGAACGAUGAUGUAUGUUGUCCAUUGAUAGGUCGGAUAAAAAAAACAAGAUUUCGAGGAAGAGACAUCCCUUAAACUUCAGAUUGAAAUCGCAUACCCCUUGCCACUUAUUGCAUACCCCUUGCCACUUAUUAAGUGGAUCUCCAUCGAUCGAUCAAUCAUUAGGUUCGAUUGACACGUAGGAAUUCCACUGUAUUGCAAUAGUAUGUUGUUAGUAGUGCGAUGGAUGUAAUAUGUGAAACUGACGUAAUCCAGACAACACUAAUGUAAUAUAUUCCCCGUCUUAAA